AUGAUCGCUUCCAAUAACUCCGCGGAUAUGCCCUUCUCUGUCUUUCUCAUUGGCCCUGGCUUUAUCGGUGGAGAGCUCCUCGAUCAUCUCCUCGAAGAGGGCUAUGUAAUCACUGCGCUCGUCCGUCGGCAUUGCGCAGUCGCCGAAUUCACCAAGCUGGGGGUGAAAGCCAUCAUUGGAACCCUGGACGAAGGGCGAUUAAUCCGAGGCCUGGUUGCCGCCAGUGAUAUCGUCUUCCAUACCGCGACAUCGAACCACUUGCCAUCGGUCCAAUCGGUCCUAGAUGGCAUAAGGACGCGGGCGGAUCAGGGUCUGAUGACAUACUACAUUCAUACCAGUAAUGCUUCGCUGUUGGCCGAUGAAGCUGCGGGUCGAUAUAUGGACAAUAUCAUCUAUGAUGAUGAGCGGCCCUCGCAGAUCGAUACGUUGAGGAAAGAUGCGCCCCAUCGGCAGAUUGACCUGGAGAUUGUUCGGGCGCGUCAGGCUCUUGCACAGUUUGCGAAGAUUGCAGUACUGAUACCACCUGUUAUAUAUGGCAUUAGCUCGCGAGAAAAGCGGUUGUCGGUUCAAUUACCUACGCUCAUCCGGUACUCCCUGAAACAUGGAUACGCAGGUCAAGUCGGCAGCGGCCGUUCAGUCUGGGGAUAUAUUCAUGUGAAAGAUCUGGCGAGAGGUUAUAUGACACUGUUGCACUGGAUGGAGCGCUCCUCCACGGAUGAUGUCUUGGAAAAUCCAUAUUUCUUUUGUGAGAAUGGCGAAGAGCUUUCCUGGGGAGACUGCGCCGCUGAGAUUGGCCGACUCCUGACGAUCGAAGGACGGAUUGAAAGCCCUGAGCCUCGCACUGUCCCACCAGAUAAUUAUGACGAUCUCUUCGGCGAGUUCACUGUUGCAAUUGCGGGAUCAAAUGCCAGAAAUCGCGCGAGUCGACUUCGCAAAUUGGGUUGGCGGCCAUUGGAGAAGAACACAUUUAUGUCAUUGGUCGAGGAUGAGAUUCCAUUAAUUCUGCAAGAGACUGGAGAGUUCCACGGCUAUGGAUCAAGUCGGCCUCAUCAUUGUAUCGAGAAAGACAUUGGUUAA